AUGACGCAGCCGGGGAUCCCCGCAGGGGGGAUUCCCUCGCAGGGCAAUGGGGCUCUGAAACCAGGAGCUCCCAUCAAGGCCUGCAAGAGAUCAAAGGGAAGAGAAACAGCCAAAGUGUUACAGGAUUUUCCUUGCUCCCUACGCACAUCCAAGGAUCAGUCGUCUCCAAUAGGCUAUCGUAAGGACCAAGCUUUAGCCUCUAUGUUUGUUCCUUUCGUCGUACACCCUGGGAGUCAUAAGCCUGAUUCACUCAAGUUUGUCUUCUAUAAAUCGAAUUACUCUAAUUCGUACGCGCCAUUUUACACUGCGCAGAAGCCAACCUGUGGGUACCGGUAUUGCCGGGACACCGAUCACACCAGGAAGGUGAUGGACGUAGAGAGUGCAAACAUUGUCAAGUGGAGACCCAUUGUGGGGACGAAACCACAGUUGGUUACAAUAAACCCAAAGCAAUGA